GGAAGAGGCCGCGGUGACGGGCGCGCUCACAGUAAAUGAGGAGGACGCGCGAGGUGAAGGAGGAGAAGGAGGAGGAGAAGUUUUGUGGAGACGAUAAAGUGACCAGCUGUGACCCGGAGACGUGAAACUCUUCAGUCUAAAGAGGUUUGUGCUGAAUCCCCGUGAUCGACCAAUCACCUCCCUUCUGUGUGACCUCACCAGUGUACCUCCUCAUAUUGAUCAGGUCAUUGAUCUGCCAAUCAGUGAUCCUGGACUUAUGAUCACCGCCUGACCAACGAGACUCUGCUGCUGGAAAACUGAUUCCUGUUAUUGAUCGCUGAGUCAGAGCAGUCGACACCUCAUGAAGGAGUAUUUAUGAAAUUCAAACCUCCAGAGACACUGAAGCUUUGGUCGUCUAGUUCAGCUCAUUUUUAUUGGUCAGCUGACUCAUUACAAAGCCUGUAAUUGGUUGGUGAAUCAGAGAAACUCCUCCUUAUUGGCCAGAGGAUCCAGCCAACCGACUGAUGGCAGCGUCAGAACUGAUCCAGGGCGAUGACGACAUCUGCCCCCAUGUGGAAGUUAACGUGACCACAACGGAUCCUAACACACCUCCGAGGGUUGCCAACGGUAACCCGCCACGCCACGCCUCCUUAGCACCAAACGCCACCGACGCCCACGACGGCAAGAAGAAGCAGGAGUGCAGCAAACUGAGCAGCCUGUUGAAACAGAACCAGCUGAUCCACUCCCUGAGCAGCGGACUGAGGCGACACUGCGACUAUGUCAAGAUCACCGUGCCCGAGGAGCGUGCCAACCGCCUCCCCAAGGAGUGGUGGAAGACAGGUGUGGCGUUCCUCUACGCCCUGUUCAACCUCGUCUUCACCACCGUCGUCAUCACCAUUGUCCACGAGCGGGUGCCGGACAAGUCGGUGAGCCCGCCGCUGCCCGACAAGUUCUUCGACUACGUGGACCGAGUUCCCUGGGCCUUCACCGUCACCGAGGUCAACGGACUGAUCCUGGUCGGACUCUGGCUCGUCCAGUGGAUCUUCCUCAAACACAAAGCCAUCGUGGGCCGCCGCUGUUUCUUCCUCAUCGGGACGCUCUACAUGUAUCGCUGCGUCACCAUGUACAUCACCACCCUGCCAGUGCCUGGAAAACACAUGGUCUGCGCUCCGAAGCUGUACAACGACUCCACGGGGAAAAUCUGGAGGAUUUUGAGGCUGAUCUCAGGAGGAGGUUUGUCUCUGACCGGAUCUCACCUGAUGUGUGGUGACUUCCUGUACAGCGGUCACACCGUCAUGUGCACACUGUCCUACCUCUUCAUCAAAGAGUACUCCCCUCGGUGGAUGUGGUGGUAUCACUGGUUCUGCUGGUUGCUCAGCGCCUCAGGAGUCAUCUGCAUCCUCAUCGCUCACGAGCACUACAGCAUCGACGUGGUGAUCGGAUACUUCGCCACCACCAGGAUCUUCUGGUGGUACCACACCAUGGCCAACACACAUGCGCUGCGUCAGGCUCCGAACAACUACCUGUCGAGGACGUGGUGGAACCCCGUCUUUAACUUCCUGGAGAAGAAUGUUCAGACGACAGUUCCCAUCGUGUUCGCGUGGCCGGUGGCGCUGCCGUCCUCCUGCAGACAGCGGUACAGGAUGGUGGAGGGCGGCAGGGACGAGUGAGGACAGGUGGGGGAGGACGGAGGACAGAGGUCGGGGGAGGGAAGACAAUCAACCUGAGCUGAAACAGUAUCUAUCCUGACUCCUGGAUGAGAGGAUGUUUAACAUGGGUUUAUUUAUUAGAGGCAGUAUUUCCUGCUCUCUCCUGCGUACGGAGGAAGACACUGACAGGAGGACAUCACGUUUACAUUGUCGUCAGCGCCUGGUAUUUAUUAUCGGCAAGUUUAAUCCCCAAAUCUGUAACGAUGCAGUUCAUCCUCCUCCAGAAACUAAACCGACGAGUUCAGACACAGGUGUGUGAACAUACAGAGGAGGUAUGAAGACGUACUGUCGACUUAAAGUCACAAGACGUUUGACAAUUAGUUUCGGAUGCUUCUUACUCGCCGUCCUCCAUCAGAUCUUUGGAAACAUCAGAUUUCUCUGCUACUUGAUUUUUCUGUUUGCUGGUGUUUCUUGAGUUGUUCGCAGCAGGUUACGAGGCAAGGCUUCGGCGUUUUCACUGACAUGAUGUCGAUGUUUGCAGCGCGUUAAAGUGUUUGAGCGUUCCAGUAAAAACACUUUAUGAUACAGUUUUAUUCUGGCUUUCAUUGGACGUUUCCUCGCCGUGCUUCUUUGUGUCUGAAGCACAUUAUUUUUGAUCCAUUCACGACACUGUUUGAUCUAAUUUAAGGUUCUAGGUGCCAUAAAAGUUUCCAAACGUGCCAGUAUAACUAAACUACCAACCUAGAAGCUGUCUGGGAGUGUGUCUAUGUGGACAAGCAGCUGUGACACCAGUGUUAUCAUUCACACACCUGCCUGUGUUAAGAAAUAUUUCCACUAGGAGGCAGAUUAGAGCCGAAUCAUCCUGAUUCACAGUAGAAUAUCUCCCAGGAGAACUUCCAGUUUUGCAGAAACAGAAUAAAACAUGGUGAUAAAACUCUGGUUUACUUUUUUGACUGUUUCAGCGAGUCCUGCAGAAUCACCUGAGAAGCUCAGCGUGCUAACAUGAAGAAGUUUGGGCAGCAAAACAGCAGAAAAUGAAGAGUUAUCUCAUUGUUUUCUCACCCAAAAAUGUCUGAUACUAAUAUGAAGACCAACCCUGAAUUUCAGUGCCAGUACCAAAAAAGAAAAGAUACUUUUACGUUUUUUAUUUGACACAAGAAGCCAAUUGUUGUGAUGACAUUCUGUAGUCUCAUUGAGCCACUUGUUAGCAACCACAGACCUUAUUUCAGACAUGUAACCAAAAACACACCGACUUUGAGACGAGGGAACAGUGAGUGCUAACAUGCUAACAUGCUAACUCAUUUCCGGGUUUUAUGACUUAUUUCUGUGGCAGUCAAUUAUUUAUUUGUGGUUAAUAAAUUAGCUAAAAUGUUUGACCAAAGCUAAACUGCUCAUUAACUAAUCUUUUUAAGACUAACAUCAGUUCGGGCUAAAUUAUUUUGGAAGUGAAUGCUUGCGUCACUGAAUUGGUUGCAGUUAGCCACACUUUAGCGCAUUAUCAUAAACAGUUGUUUUUACAGUAAUGGAACUGAACUAAAAACAUCCAAAAUAUCCACAAACCACAACUGUUAGAUCUCCUAGCAAAAGAAAAAUUAGACUACAUGUUGAAAUAGUGAAAAUAUUUCUGUCUGUCUGGUUCAUAAGCUAGCUAGAGAGUGGGAACAUUAGAUUAAUUGCUAGUGACUUAACAUUUUUAAGGGUAACUUAAUGAAAGGUAACUGUACCACCUCCCAACACAGAUUUUUUUUAUUUUUUAUUUUCAGAGUGAGCUUAGUAGUUAGCCACUGUGUGCUUUGCUGGCUAGCUUCUACUAGCUAGCACUCAUUAGAGUGAGAGGAAAACAGGAAAUUAGUAGUUAUAUCUUCGUUUUCUUGUCUUCGGAUUAGGUCUAGAUACCGCAAAAAAAACAAAACAAAAAAAGAUACUACUACAGAAACAAUCUGGAUUUCAAUGCCAGUGCCAAAAAAAGAAGAAUUUUUUUUAAAGGCUAAUUUGGCUAAACUUUGCAUUUUGCUAAAAUGUUUGACCAAAGCUAAACUAAUCGCUACUUAACCUUCUAAAGACUAACGUUAGUUGGGUCUUCGAUGUUUUGGAAGUGAAGGUUUGUGUCAUUGAAUCGGCUUCAGUUAGCAACGCUUUUGUUGCAUUACAACCAAAAAAACUUUUUAAGAUAUGACAUUCCGUAAAAGUUAAAUGUACGAUCUCGUAACAAAGAAAAAUGAGACCGCAUGUGUAAAUAUUAACUUUCUGACUGUUCGGCUUGUAAGCUAGCCAAAGGUUUAGGACACAAGCUAAAUUGCUAACAACUUAUCAGAGCAAACUCUAGCCUUGAGAGUGAUCACUGACUAAACUGGGUGCAGAUAGCCACAUGCUAACCACGAAAAAAAAGUUUGCAUCCAUGAAAGGUAAAUGUCCCGACAAAAUGUUUUAUAGGUAUUGAUAUUAAAAAUUCUAAGAGCGCAGUUUGUGAGAUAUGCUGCCUUCAGAUGGGGUCGUGUUUACAGUGUUAACGAGUCCGCUCCUCACUGCGGUACUGACGACCUCCUUAGCGGAAGUUUUCUUAAAGCUCCAAGUUUGCUGACAUUUUCAGACGGUGGAGGCCACAGAAGUUCAAUUUUUCGGAGGAUAUUAAGUUAACGUUUUGUGAGUUUAGUUGUAUAGAGUUCUUUGUAAUUUUAUAACUUGUCUGAGGACACGCUGGUAUUUCUAGUGGCCUCAUCGUUUGCCUCCGUCAUUACGACUUUACGUUUGCUGCAUUACGUUACCCGCUCGCUAAAUUGUUAGCCUUGGUGGCAUCCAUGCUGCUGAUGCCCAGCUGCAGUAUUCUCAAGUUAUUUGUGUAUAUGACUUCCCACUUCGCUCGUAACCACGAACUCAUGAGUUCCACAUAAAGGCAACAUUAGCCAGACGGUUGCUAGCUAACGUCUAGUAGCUCAAGUUAACAUUGAAAACGCUAACUCCAGUUGGGUCCUCAUCAGUGUGAGGUCAUGGUUAUAUUUAAUGAGUAUUGUAAAUUUCUUUCUGUGCUCAGUUAUUGAUGUUUUCAAGUCAAAAUAUGCGACACAUUUUUUUAACCGUGGUCUUAAUUUUACGUCUUUCUUUAUUUUAUUUUUGUGUGUGAAAUGAAUCUGUGAAACAUCUUCCACCAAAACUCCCUGAAACUGCUGCUGAAUUAAAGUCGGAUUAAUGAAGAUCAAUGUUCCAUAAAGUUCCAUAAAAGUUACUGAUGAGUGUUUCCUGAUGUUCCAUGUUUAUUAAAAGUUCAUUAAAAAGUUGACUUGAAGAAAAUGUCACAAUCAGACGGUUGCUUUGAUAAUAAAAGAUUUCUUUUCAGUCAUGAU